AAGCUCUCUUAUUUGCACUUCUUUGCUUCUCCUGGUGCAUCUGGUCCAGAGGCCCGGCUUCAAGUCAGUCUCUGCAAAUCCUGAGGAAAGGAGGGAUCUGCCCGAUCCUUCCCAGGAGCUGCUCUUCAGAGGGAUCUUCCAUGAAGAUCAAAGUCAGGACACCACCUCUGGGAAUGAAAAGUCAGCAUUCGUAGGUUCUUCUCCUUUUUCUGGUGGAGUUGAAAGAGCAGUUGAACCCCCAACUCAGGUUCUGGUGUCUUUUGAGGAGGUGGCUGUGUAUUUCUCCGAGGAGGAGUGGUCUUCAUUAGAUCCUGACCAAAAAGCCCUGCACAGAGAAGUCAUGCUGGAGAACUCCAGGAAUGUGGCCUUUCUGGGAAAUAACACGCAAGAGAACAAGGAAACCUUCCAAAUAUUCAGGCCUGAAGAGAGAAGAGAGGAGUUUGCAAAUCCAAUGGAACCAAAAGGGCAGGAGGGAAAUCUGUCAAAAAAUGGGAGUAAGAGCAGCUCAACUUUCCCAUCUGCUGAAAUUCCAGACUUUCCUCCCCAGCAAGAUCAGAAAGAAAAAAUAAAAGUGGAAAGUGUGGAAGCAUCCGAAGAGGGUUUAGAAUUAUAUGAACAUUACACAAUUCACACUAAAGAAGAGGAUCUGUGCCAAGAGUAUGAAAGAAAUUACAAUUGGACUUCUAGCCUUUCUUUACGUGGAAAAGCCAACAUGGGAAAUAAACCAUAUAAAUAUACAGAGAAUGGAAAGCGUUUAAGUGAGAGCAGUUCCUUUGUUCCCAGUGAAAGGAUCCACUCAGAGGAGAAACCGUAUAAAUGCUCAGAAUGUGGAAAGAGUUUCAGCCAGCGUGGUAAUCUUAAUUCCCAUAAAAAAAUCCACACAGAGGAGAAACCAUAUACAUGUGAAGAGUGUGGGAAGAGCUUCACUCAGAAAGUUAAUCUUAAUUCCCAUAAAAUGAUUCACACAGGGGAAAAACCAUAUAAAUGCAAUGAGUGUGGAAAGAGCUUUACCCAAAACAUUCAACUGACUUCUCAUCAGAGGAUCCACACAGGAGAGAAGCCAUAUAAAUGCAUGGAGUGUGGAAAGAGCUUCAGGUGGAGCACUCAGCUUACUUCCCAUCAGAGAAUCCAUACAGGAGAGAGACCAUAUAAAUGCAUUGAUUGUGGGAAGACCUUCAGUGAGAGCAGUUCCCUUACUUUCCAUAAAAGGAUCCACACAGGGGAAAAACCAUAUAAGUGCAUGGAGUGUGGAAAAAGCUUCAGCAUGAGCAGUUCCCUCACAUACCAUAAAAGGAUCCACACAGGGGAGAAGCCAUAUAAAUGUAUGGAGUGUGGAAAGAGCUUUACACAGAACAUUCAACUUACUUCCCAUAAAAUGAUCCACACAGGGGAGAAGCCAUAUAAAUGCAUGGAGUGUGGAAAAAGCUUCAAUACAACCAGCAACCUUGCUUGCCAUAAAAGAAUCCACACAGGGGAGAAGCCAUAUAAAUGUAUGGAGUGUGGAAAGAGCUUUACUCAAAAUAUUCAACUCACUUCCCAUAAACGGAUCCAUACAGGGGAGAAACCGUAUGAAUGUAAAGAGUGUGGAAAGAGCUUUACUCAAAAGAUUCAACUUACUUCCCAUAAAAGAAUCCACACGGGGGAGAAACCAUAUAAAUGCAGGAAAUGUGGAAAGAGCUUCCGUAAUAAUGGAUCCCUUACUCUUCACGAAAGGAUCCACACUGGUGAGAAACCAUAUACAUGCAUUGAGUGUGGAAAGAGCUUCAGCCGUGGCAGUCAUUUUGCUUCCCAUAAAACAAUCCACACAGGGGAAAAGCCACAUAAAUGCCUUGAGUGUGGAAAAAGCUUCCGUGAAAACACUUCUCUUACUAUUCAUAAAAGGAUCCACACUGGAGAGAAGCCGUAUAAAUGCUUGGAAUGUGGAAAGAGGUUCCGUGAAAAUGGGUCCUUUACUUCCCAUAAAAGGAUCCACACGGGUGAGAGGCCAUAUAAAUGCAUGGAGUGUGGAAAGAGCUUCACGACCAGCAGUAACCUUACAUCUCAUAUGAGGAUCCAUAUAGUAAGAGAAAUGCAGGAGAAUGAGCAUGAAAAUAAGUCAAGCCAGUUGACGUAAACAAGAAGGCAUGAGAUGAGGAAAGAGACAUUUGGAAGUCAAGGGGAACCAACAUGAAAUUAAAUUAGGGAUACCUCUCAACAUUGGGCAGAAGUUCUCCACAUCUGAACAUGAUGAGGUCCAGAACUUCCUCCUGGUCCAAUAAGAUCACAGACAAAUAAGAAGAGAACUGCCUUUUGUGUGGAACAAGUGUCAAGGAGUAAUUGGACUCUCCUCCAGAGUGGAACUGAGGCUAGAGACAACCAGGAUGAAUGCAGAAAGCAGGGAAUAAUUUUAUUCAACAAUUUUUGGCUGAGAAUCUACCCUAGGGAGAAACCAAAUAAAUGCAUGGAGUGUGAAA